GGAACAGUUGGAAGGCUACAGGUCCAUGGGUAAAUCAAUCAACGUCUUAAACAAGACAAGUGAUAGUAUUUUGUUGCUGUAAAUUAAAAAAGGGAGCAAAACACAAUUCUUUUUUAGUGUGUUUGUUUAAUUGAUUAGACUGCUGAAUCUUCUUUAUGGUCGGUAGGCUAGGUUAUUUCCUUCAUCAUUUUGGUGGAGCCUGUGACAGCCAGAUAUGGCUUGGAAUGAGACAAACCGAAGCGCAUGGUGGAUUUAGACUACCGUGACAGCGAGCAUUGAGGGGGUUUACCUGAUUGUGCGUGUUGUAUUUAUAGUGACGGGGUUUUUCUACUUUUCUACAGCAAAUAUUGAACCGAUUGACAUUUUCAAACUAAACGGGAACAACGGGGGAGGGAAGGUUAGGUUGAAGAGGGCAGGCUUUAACUAUAACAACGUUCCUCCACUGCUCCUUAAUUCAGUCUGCCAGCUCUUCUGGAUCAUUAAACCUUCUCAAAAUAAAGGAAAUGGCGCAAAAAUAAAGACGAGUAAGUAAAGCAACAUACAGGCAAAUUGAAACAUCCAGCCACUGCUGCGAAUAGAAAGUAGCUCAAGCGCUGAGGAGGAAAACCAAGGAGAACCGAAGCAUCAGGAUUUGUGUGUGUUGCAGGGUACAUACAAGCCUAGUGCUAUGGCUGGCUGGCUGCAAAUGCUUGUUGCGAAAGUCAUUCCAGGAGUAUGGUUUACUCUGAUGCUCCUUGACCCAAGCAUUCAAACUGGAGUUGUGCCUGGGCAUAGAGAGCCCCUCCCCGAUGACAGCAAGGACAAUAUCACAAUUUUUACCAGGAUCUUGGACAGGCUGUUGGAUGGCUAUGACAACCGGCUUCGACCUGGUCUUGGAGAAACGGUCACUGAGGUGGGAACCAACAUUUAUGUCACCAGUUUUGGACCAGUGUCAGACACAGACAUGGAGUAUACCAUUGAUGUUUUCUUCCGCCAGAGCUGGAGGGACGACAGACUCAAAUUUGAUGGACCCAUGCAGGUUCUGCCCCUGAACAACCUAUUAGCCAGUAAAAUAUGGACACCAGACACAUUCUUCCACAAUGGCAAGAAGUCAGUGGCCCACAACAUGACCACUCCUAAUAAACUGUUACGGUUGGUGGACAAUGGCACCUUGCUCUACACCAUGAGAUUGACCAUUCAUGCAGAGUGUCCCAUGCACCUGGAGGACUUCCCCAUGGAUUCCCAUGCCUGUCCCCUCAAAUUUGGGAGCUAUGCCUACACCAAUGAUGAGGUGAUUUACAACUGGAAUCGUGACGCUGUGUCUCUGUCAGAAGAUGGCUCCAGGCUCAAUCAGUAUGACCUGCUGGGACACAAUAUUGGGGAUGAGAUCAUCAGUUCCAGUACAGGAGAGUAUGUUGUCAUGACAGCCCAUUUCCACUUGAAAAGAAAAAUCGGUUAUUUUGUGAUCCAGACAUACCUCCCAUGCAUUAUGACCGUCAUUCUCUCUCAAGUCUCUUUCUGGCUCAAUCGGGAGUCUGUUCCGGCACGAACGGUUUUUGGUGUAACCACUGUCUUGACCAUGACCACGCUGAGCAUCAGUGCCAGAAACUCACUGCCCAAAGUAGCAUAUGCCACUGCCAUGGACUGGUUCAUGGCCGUCUGUUAUGCUUUUGUCUUCUCUGCACUCAUCGAAUUUGCCACUGUAAAUUACUUCACCAAGCGCAGUUGGGCCUGGGAUGGCAAGAAAGAGGCCCAAGAGAUGCGAAGAAGAGAGUCAUCCUCCCUUGCUAAGAAGACAAACAACACAUUCAACAUUGUGGGGACCACAUACACAAUGAAUGUGGACAAGGACCCUGUGUUGACCACCAUAGCCAAGAGUGCAGUGACACCACCUGGGCCAAUACCAGUACCACUGCGGCUACCCAGGAUGGAUGGUGAAUAUGUCCCAGAAGAGGGAGGCAUUAAAUCGUACAACCGAGUCAGCAAAGUUGACAAAAUGUCCAGAAUAAUCUUCCCUGUACUUUUUUUUGUUUUCAACCUGGCAUACUGGGCUACCUAUGUGAACAGGAACCCCAUAAUGACCAUAACUCAUAAGACCAACCCCCAGAAAUGACCUGAUGUGGCAGCACAGUGACCACAGAGGAGAUCAAACUCACACUGCCAGGCAAAUCUCUUGUAGCCAAACCCAUUUACAUAGAAUUGUGUUUCAGGCAAACAUUGUAUAUAUACAAAUGUAUAUAUACAGUAUACAUACAGGAAGAGAUGUGCGUAUGUAUGCCUACGCACCAUGUGUGUCUGUGUGCAUUCAUUGCAUACAUGUGUGUACAGUAGCAGGUAUGAUUUAUAGACUCUGCACUAUGCAGACAGUAGCUCAUGAGUAUUUGUACAGUUUAGUUGAGUUAGCUACUCCCUUCAGUGUUGUUCAGUGCAUUUCUGAAUGUGUGUCCUUAUUCACCCCUCAGUUUUUUUCCAUCAUCCUUGAUCGUCACAUUUACUUACUCAUACAUACUGUCUGCUGCAUGGAUUUUGAAUUCAAAGCCCCUCAUUAUCAUCCCGUUUCAAUUCCUGCGGUCCGCAUUUAACUGACCUAACACGAUAUUACAUUGGAAUCCUGUGGCUCUGUCCACGUAUUCCAUUGUUCAGUAACCUUUUCAAAAAAGUAUAACCCCACUUUAAAAGAGAAGGGUGGUUUCAGGGGACAAAACGGUGUGCCUUUUUGAAUGUGUGCUCCAGAAAUCAGUCUUUGGACGCUGCCGAUCCUGUCCAGCUUACACGUGUGUUGUCCUGGGUCUAAUGCCCUGCCUUGCCUUAGCAGUGUGGUGUUUGAGAAAUAUACGCCCCCCAAAACUACCCAGAAACACCAGUGCAGAUGCAGAAGCUCAGCUAGUGUCUGUCAUUACACAGCGUGAUUUGGCAACCACUGCAUAUGAAUUUAUCUGAUACUCCCACGAACCCUCUACUAACAUUUCCUGUUCUCUUUUUAAAUGUUUUUAUCAGUGUGAUUUUUAUCGUAAUAUAGUGUCUUAUUGACUUUGUAGUGUUUAACCUUACUAUGGUAGGUCAGUUUUGUUGUCAGCUGUCACUAUCAGUGUCAUUCUCUUAUCUUUUGGUUUAAAAACAUUUGGGAUUUGAUGUACAAAAAGACAGUGUUACUUAUUUACUUUACUGCAUGUAAUUUACAGGUAGGUGAUAAGAAAGAGAAUCUGUGUUUAAAAGUGUAACACGAGUGGCUAUAUGUAGUGUUAGUUUCAAAGCAACGAGAGUGUGUUACUGUGCAUUUAACUCAAGUGUAGUGAUGAUGAAAUCCAACUGGAAAGAGAUUACAAAGAAUCACACAGCGAAUUACUUAUUUGCCAUUCUAAUAGAGGUGUUUUUUUCUGCAUACCCAUAAAGGAGAUUUGAAGCUGGAGGCAUCCAGUAGAUUAAUGUAGCUUUUAUUCAACACCUCUCACGCAUCAGAAGACAAGAGGGUUUUUUUACGUACUGUGAUACUGUCAAAGUAUGACUUUCUUUCCCAUCUGAGUAGCAGAGAAAACUAUAUUUAACAUAAAAUGCAUCUCAAUGUGUUGUGCAGCACACGAUUUCAUGAUGCAUCAAGACUGGUUCAUUGCACGACAAUCUGUUAAUUUCUGUCUAUGACCUCUGGUGGUAAGUUUCCAUUUUUAAGUGCAACAUCAGUGUUUGCUUUUGUUGUGGGUGGCUAUCUCAAAUGAAAAGUGCAAUCAGCUGUGUUACAUACUACAUGAAGGGAUGUACUUAAAGGAAUAUAUUUGUAUUGGAGUACAUUGUACAUGUAUUUAUGAUACUCACCUACAGUAAUAUAUCCGAUAUGCAUUUUUAUACAGUAACAAGGUUGAAAAACCUUCAGCAGUGGGUAGGGCCAAUGAAAUAGGCAAAUUAAUCUCAUGUAAAAUCCUUAAGGGCAAAUGCUGUAAACCACUGUGAAGUUGUGAUGCUAUGUAGAUGUUGCCAUUCCAUUUUAAUGAGUAAAAUAUGGAACAUAUUAGAAACAGUUUAUUUAAUCAUAAAUCGUAAAAGUAUUUGUGUAUAAUAAUGCACUACUGAAGUGUUGAUCAGUUGACAGUAAGGAUAUUUAUUUUUUUAGUGUGGUUGUGUGUGUCUCAGUGAGGUUAAACUGCAUUGGUUUCCAGAUGUAGUUGAGGAAGACGCUGAAAUGAAACAGAUGAGUUUGGUGCAUGUAUGUGUUCAGUCUGUGUUGUUACUAUGUGGAUCUGAAUGUGGGGAAAAGUUUCAAAAGUUCAGAUUUCAACCUGUAUCAACCUGUUAGUGGUCUGAUGCACACAUGAAAUGAUUCUAUUCAUCAAAGGGAUGGGGUGGUACACAAGUGCUAGCAGACUCUGAUGGCAGCGAUCAGAGCCAUCUACUUUGGCAGAAGUUCAUAACUGUGAAAAAGCAAAAUGCUCCAUUAAUGCUAAACACUGUAAAUACUAGAUGAUGCUGACUACAGGAUAUAAUGACCAGAAGUAUUUGAAUAUCUUGUUCCAGUUCUAUCUCUUGGUGAUGCUGACAGUGUUUGUGACUGUUGCAUAUCGAGACAUUGAGUGUACUCCUGGUUAUUAGGCAAAAAAAAGCAUUUGAAAGAAAUGUAGCAGCCAGAUACUCACUUGUGAUGUUACUCUAGAGGACAUUAAAACUGAGAAGUAACGUAUACUCAAUUUACUGACCCUUUGGAAGCCAAUAGAGAGAUAAAACAGUAGAUACACAUAGCUGAAACAUAGUUGAAAUGUUGUAUAGGAUAUAGAUAUGGAUAUACAGUAUUAGCCAAAUAUUAAAUAGCAAAAAGACAGGCUAAUCAGAUCUGAAUAUAAGAAUAUAUCGGCCUCAAACCACACUUAAUAUGCCAGCUAUCCAAAAUGUGAAUAUUGUGGUAACACUUCACAUUAGUUCCAUUACUAACAUUAAUAAAUGCAUUAAUUAACACAAAGAAACUGUUAACUUCAGUGUAACGAGACCCUUAUUGAUUCUAAAUACUUAAGUUUAUUUUUGUUUAUGCUAACAAAUGCAUUACACUUUACAUCCUAGAUCUCUUAAACUAACAUGAUUCAGUGCAUGAGUUUACAGGAACAAACCAUUUAUCUCUGACGGUAAAACAUCAAGUUGGUCUUUUUUGCUGUAGUUAAUGCUUCAUUUAUGUUAACUACUGCAUUUCAUUACUGUUAGUCCAGGGGUUCUUAAUGUAAAGUGUUACAGUAUUGUAACCUGCCAAGUGAUCUAUAGAUGUAGAUUAAUGACUUCAGAGAAUAAUACAUAGCAUGUUUUUUUCUGUGUUGCCUCAACUCCUGUCAGGUAUUUUUGUAUCAAAGUUUGUCUAGAGUAUUUAUUGUAGAAGGUUUUUUCUUUAAACCACGCCAUGUCAGUUUAAAUUAAUCUUUUACAUGUUCGCUGAAUUUUUAAUCAGUAUAAGGAACACCACAUCUACCUUCACCCCUUAGGUGUUGUCUGACGAGACUGAGAUACUCUGGAUGCUCUUUUCCAGUUGUCUCAGAUCUUGUCAAACUAAUACGAUUUUUUAUCCCUGGCAUCUUUCUGAUGACACUAAGGCUGGUUUCUCAUGCAGCAUUACUUUUGUAUUAAGCAGGCAAAAGCACAUUUAAUGUCUGCCUUUGAAGACUAGGUCCUUUAAAGAAACCAAAGUCCUUUAGUCUUUAACUGUCUUGAUCAGAUAUGAAAACUUGGACAAAUGAAAGUGGAGUGCCAAUAUAUGUGAGAGCAUUUAGUCAAGGGCAUAUUUUAUCUGUUCAGUCACCUGUCGCUAUUAUGUUACUAGGGUCAGCGUGAAAAAGACAUAAAGAUGCAUAAAUGUCACUUAAGCUAACAUGGCAUUCUACAUUUGAAAAGUGUGGCUUUUUUUUCCUCGUUUUUUCCUGUGUUUCAAACCCCUCGUGUGUCCUACCUUUUCCAUUACUUUCAGAGAAUAAAGACAUUCUUUUGUGGCUU